AUUUUAAUUAACAUCUCUAUCUACUCAUGAACACGCAAUCUAAAUUAUGCCUAGUUCAUCAAGACUACCGACGAAGCGGAACUACCACCAUACCGUCCACACGAUGGCCAGCUCGUAGGCAGCCCUGAGGCACAACCUCAGGGGCAGGAAGAGAGGAACACAUUCGAGUAUAAAGUCCUGUCAGUCCGACCUCGAUAUCCGUCAAUCUUGUCUCUCGUCAUCAGUCACUUCUCCCUUCACUCGCAGGUCGCUUCCAUUCUCCAGGACAGUCGCUGCGCGAUCCUCAAUAUAUUCCAGCAAGAUUUUAAGAUACCCCUUUAUUUCAAUCUUCUGUACUUCUCCAGCAUCAGGUAGAAACCGCCAACAUGCAUUUCACCAGCGCAACCGUUCUCGCCCUGGCCGGCAUUGCCAGCGCACACACACACAUGUUCAGCGUCUGGGUCAACGGCGAGGACCAGGGCGACGGGCGCGGCAAAUACAUCCGCUCGCCCCCCAACAACAGCCCCAUCACGGACCUCACCCUUCCCGCCGUCGCCUGCAACGUCAAGGGCGGCGAGGCAGUCCCGGAAUUCGUCACCGCCGCCGCCGGCGACAGCCUCACCUUUGAGUGGUACCACGACGCCCGGGGCGACGACAUCAUCGCCGAGUCGCACAAGGGGCCCAUCAUCACCUACAUCGCCGAGUACACCGAGUCGGACGGCUCCGACGCCGGCUGGACCAAGAUCUCGCAGGACGGCCUCGACGGCGACCAGUGGGCCGUCGACAGGCUCAUCGCCGCCCAGGGCAAGUGGGACUUCCGGCUGCCCGCCUCGCUCAAGGCGGGGAAGUACCUGAUCCGCCAGGAGGUCAUCGGCCUGCACGAGGCCGACGUCGCCUACAGCGAAGACCCCGCCCGCGGCGCACAACUGUACCCCAGCUGCGUCCAGGUCGAGGUCACGGGCGGCGGCGCCAACGUGCCGGACCAGGGCUUCAGCUUCGCGACGGGAUACACCGACCAGACCCCCGGGAUCGUCUUCAACAUCUACCCCGACGAGGACGAGGACGGGGAGGACGGGGAGGACGGCGAGGGGGGCGGCGAGGGGGACGGCGAGGGUGCCGGGGACGAGUCGGCGAACAGGCGCGUCCGCGCCGCUGCGCCGUUGGGAGAGUACAACAUCCCCGGCCCCGAGCUGUGGACCGAGGCUGCCCCUGGAUCCGGCUCCGGUUCCGGCGGGAAUGCUACUGGCACUCGCAGCCUCCGCAUCAAGGGCCGUGCUGUCGUUCGGGUUUAG